CCACCCAGCGACUCUCACCGGCGUUCCGACUUGUGUCUCUUCUCUUUCCUUCCCUGAAGCCAAGCCUCUUGUUGGCGCACCCGUUCUGCAACACUCCCCUUCUCCAAUUCCCUUUCAAAAGGAUGAGGCCAGACAGCUCUUUCAAUGCAACAUCACUCUCAGGCCAGCAGCAGCACUCUCCCUGGCACUCACCCGUUCCUUACCUCUUCGGUGGCCUCGCUGCCAUGCUGGGUCUCAUUGCCUUCGCCCUUCUCAUCCUUGCCUGCUCCUACUGGAAGCUCUCUGGCUACUUUGAGAAUGGCGAGGGCAGCCAGGGCGGUGAAGUCGGCGAGGAAGGUGAGAAGCCAUUGGAGAUCAAGGUCUGCAGUGGCUUGGAGGACCAGAAGAUCGUGGUCAUCAUGGCUGGUGAUCAGAAGCCAAGCUUUAUAGCGACACCAAUGUCUAGCAAAGGCUCUUCCAUUAACCUGACCAAGGGGGUGGUCGACAGCUGCGAUCAAGCUGGGGAGAAGAAGCAGAUUGAUGAUCACAACCAGAGCCAUGAGCAUCUCCAGGUGCACGACAACCAAAACCAGGUGCAUCACCAGGGCCAGAACCAGGAAGAGGAACAACACCAGAGCCAGAGACAGAACCAGGGUGAUGAAAACCAGUGAGAUUAUGGUCACGGGUUUUCUGUUCGUUGGUUUCAUUGCAUUUGUCAUCUCAUGAUCCAGGUUUUGUAUGACGGUCUCUGGGUCUGAGAGGGGGAAUCAACAAGAGUAAAAAAAAAAAUGAAACCAAGAAAGAAAAAUUUAUGUUCAGAUACCGGGAAACUUGUAAAUUUGAGUGGAGUUUAAUCUUUAAUGAGAAGUUACGCUUCUCUGCUUAUGCAA